AUGGGCACUUUGACUGCUCCUCCUCUGUUGCUCCCAUCAAACCUCAAGUCUAAAGAGGAAAGUAGUUCUUUCUUGGUGCACAGAAUAAGAAUAAGGAGAAGCAACAAAACCAAAUCUUUAGUCCCCGUGGCAAGAUUAUUUGGACCAGCAAUAUUUGAGGCAUCAAAACUGAAGGUAUUGUUCUUAGGAGUUGAUGAGAAGAAGCUUCCAGGGAAGCUUCCAAGAACAUAUACACUUACACACAGUGAUAUAUCCUCUAAGCUCACUCUUGCCAUCUCUCAAACCAUUAACAAUUCCCAGUUACAAGGGUGGUACAACAGACUACAGAGAGAUGAAGUGGUGGCAGAGUGGAAGAAAGUCAAAGGAAAGAUGUCUCUUCAUGUUCAUUGUCACAUAAGUGGUGGCCAUUUCUUAUUAGACCUCUGUGCUAGAUUCAGAUACUACAUUUUUUGCAAGGAACUCCCCGUGGUUUUGAAGGCAUUUGUUCAUGGGGAUGAAAGCUUAUUUGACAACUAUCCAGACCUACAAGAAGCUUUGGUUUGGGUACAUUUCCAUUCCAACAUACGAGAAUUCAACAAGAUGGAGUGCUGGGGUCCACUGAAAGAAGCAUCAUCUCCAUCCAGUGGGGCCAAUGGGUCCAACAAAUUUUAUGAUGAUCAUAAUCCCCAGCCAUGCGAGGAGCCUUGCAAUUGUUGUUUCCCUCCAAUGAGUUUGACUGCAUGGUCUCAAAAUGUGGAUGGUGAGGGUGAGAUUGGAGGGAGCACAAUCGAUGGCAUGCACCAGAAGCAGCAGAAGUUUGUCUCUAGUGGCGGUUCUUGA